AUGGCAUCGAAGCUAGCGUCCAGGCCUUUCUCAACCACUGCCAAGUUGAUGAGGAAACUCACAUGGACGUUAAACGGAACGACAACGGAUGUCACCUGGGUAACCGAGCAAACCGAAGAGAGUGUCGACCAUGUUCCGGGUCUUGAGGGUGUCGUUAGUGCCCGUGUAAAUGGGAAUCCUCAUUGUACUCCCAAAACUGGUGACGUCUGGCACGGAAGUGUUGAACUAUAUAACAGCACGGGAACCCGGGUCACGUCGGCACAUGUUUAUCCUAACGGGUAUAUUAAAUUCUCCAAGAAGAAAUACCAAGGCGUAAAGCUCUCUCCACACCCCAGAGCUCCCGUGAUUGCCCCAGAAAGUCCUAUGACUACGAAUGCCAAUACGAAACAAUCCAGCUCGAAGCCAACCAAGAAGUGA